AUGAGGGCUGGGAAUAAUGCUGACCAGACUAUGGACGUGGACAUUGACGAUGACGCAACAAGGACUGAAAAGAAACUGGGAGCUCAUAUUCACACGCAGACAAAGGGAACGGGUGAGACAGAUGCGAACCAGAACAAUGGCAGCAUCUUGGAGAAGCCGGCGGUGACUGACUCCACAGGCGCUGAGGGCCCUCAUUCAGCCUGGACCUCCGCCAGCACAGCUGACCCUGAUGCCGCCACGCCUCGCCCCCACCUGGCCCGCCUCUUCUCCCGAGAUGCCCCGGGCCGAGAGGACAACACCUUCAAAGACCGACCCUCCGAAUCGGACGAGCUGCAGACUAUCCAGGAACACAGCGGAGCGGCUUCAGAGUGCGGGUCGGAGAGCCCCGAGCAGGACCUAGACUAG